AGGUGGAUAAGCUGGUGGAGCUCUCUCUCUCUCUCAUGCCAUGCUUGGCCAGAAGGGCUCCGAGAGACGCUGCAACGUUUACCGAGAAGCGGGAUGGAGGAGAGGGAAAAAAAAAGUUUCAUUUAAACCUGGCCGAGAAACUUUCAAUAUGAAGCCUCACUGACGCCGCCGCGCCGCUGUCAGCCAACCGCUUCAGACCCACACCAAACCACGGCGCUCGAAAAGCAGCUCCGUUUCCAUUGAACACAUCUAUAUUUUGCUUUCUUUUUUUCUUUUUUCAUCCUAGGUUGUUUUUUCUCUCCUUGGCUCAUUUCUUCUUCUUCUGGUAUUCGAGGCUGUUGGCGGUUUGCUGUCACUGCGCCUGACAUGCUGAAGUGACAAUGGCUGCGCAAGUCGCCUCGGCUCCGACCAGAACUAGUAACAAAAACAAGAAAUUAUCGGGCAGUUUGGGGCAAGAGCUCAAUUCGGGGAAAUCCGGAGGAGGAGGAGGAGGAGGAACCAUCCAGCGAGCUGGACCAAUGCUGGGAGCCGGAGAUGGGACUCUGAAUAAUGUAGACCAUCACCGCCGAAACGAGCUCAACAUGGUCCAUUCAACUUCCACGGCGAACAACAUUGACGUCCGCGAUAAAGACGGCGGGAACGGCCACGCGUCUGUGACGGCGUCGACCAAUUCCACGACUUCCUCGGCGGAGACGGGCUUGGUCGCGAACCACAAGCCGAAAUACGCGGGCGGCGGAGAUCCCCCGCAGUCGCAGCCGUCGCAGCAGUUGCCAUUUAACCAAUUUGCGCCACAUCAGCAGCGUCACAACCAAAGUGGCAACCUCAAAAACAGCGGGCCGGGCGUGCGGGGGGAUGCUGUGGACGGCCAGCACCACGGUGGCAAGGAGAACCUUUUGGGGGGGCAAGGGGAGCAGCAGCAGCAGCAGCAGAUGCUGGUGAAAGGUGACGGGGACCUCACCUGUAAACCCAGGGAAAGGAUGAUGGGCAGCAGGUAUGACCCUAAUUCAGCACCGGCCGGUAACAACGUCAGCAGCCAGGUGCCAGGUGCGGGCGGCAACAACUCCGAGUUCAAUAACAACUACUACACUCCGAGGCCCUGUUAUGAACAACAUGGCGGACAGCAGAGCAGUGGAAUAGGGAUAAUGCACUCCUCGGCACAUAACAGCAUGGAGAACUCCCACGAAGUAGGGUACCACAACAGCCAGUACAACCACUACCCGGCUUACCGGGCGGGCUACGGUGGCGCGGCCUACGCCAUGAUGGGCCCCGCCAAUUCACGGCAGCCGGGAAACAUGCUAAUGGGGAAUAACCCUGCAGGUGGGCAUACUACCAAGACCCCCCUCGGAGUUUCCCCCGGUGGCUUUCAGAGGUUCCCCGGGCAAAGUCAGCAGCAGCAGCAGCAGCAGCAGCAGCAUCAUCCCUCGGGGGCCACCCCGACCCUCAACCAACUGCUGACGUCCCCCAGUCCAAUGAUGCGAGGCUAUGGCAGUGGUUACCAAGACUAUAGUGGUCCCACGGCGCAGCAGCAGGCUGGCAUGGGCCUGGGGAAAGACGUGGGUGCCCAGUUCGGAGCGGCGGCGUCCCACGGCUGGGGAGGACAGCAGAGGAGCCACCCCCAUACAAUGAGUCCAGGCAAUGGAGGGCAAGGCCUCAGCAGGACCCAGGUGGCCUCCAUGGACUUCAUGGCCAUGAAGCGUUCCCAGCUCUACGGCAUGGCCAACAACCCCUACGUCGCGCCCCAGCAGGCCGGCGGUGGGCCUUACCCUCCGACCCAGCCAUACACAUCACCUGCGCCGCACCGAUACCCAAUGGGCAUGCAGGGGAGGGGCCAAGUAGGCAUGGGCGGGAUGCAGUAUCCUCAACAACAGCAGGUGACGCCUUAUGGCCAGCAGGGGAUCGGGGGCUACAGCCAGCAGCAGCAGCAGCAGCAACAGCAGCAGCAGCAGCAGCAGGGGGCGCAGCAGCAGCAACAGGGGACCCCUCCGUAUUUCAGCCCCCCCCAACAGACCCCUCCAGGCCCGUCUCAGAGCCCCUACUUGCAGCCCCGACCACCACCACAACUGGAGGCUCAACAGGAGAGCUAUGGCGGCAGGGGUCCUGCCCCAGGGAACUCCGGGAAGGCCAACCUCGAGGACGGGGUGUCCCAGGACCGCCCAUCCAGCCUGCCGGAUCUGUCUGGCUCCAUCGAUGACCUCCCCACAGGGACGGAGGCUGGUCUGGGCUCAGUUGUUAGCACAGGGGCCUCCUCCAGCAGCAGCAGCAGCAGCCAGGGGGAGCAGGGAGGAGGCAGUAAUCCUGGACAGUCCCCCUUCUCCCCACAUGCCUCGCCUCACCUUCCUAGCCAGAGAAGCGGGCCCUCUCCUUCCCCCGUGGGCUCCCCUGUUGGCUCCACCCAGUCCCAGCAGUCCCGAUCAGGCUCCGGACCCAUCUCCCCGGCCAGCGGACCUUUGGCCACCACCACCACGGCCACAGGUACCACCAUGGCCCCGCAAAACUCUGGGAAUGUUCUGGAUGGAGCCCGCCCUCCAAUGACACGCUCACCUAUGGCUCAGGAGAGAGGGUUCAUAUCUAACAUGCAAAGGAACCAGGCUGCCUCUCACUUCGCCCCCCCUCAGUCAGGACCCCCCAUGUCUCCCCACCCCUCGCCCGGGGGUCCAGUUUACCCUGGCAUGGGCCCCUACGGACACCAGGGGUCACAAUAUGGACACCAAGGUAACUAUUCUCGGCCCUCCAGCUAUAGUGGGAACCCCAGCACCAGCUAUAAUGGCCCUGGCCCUGGUAUGGCCAACAGUGUCGGGAUGAAUGCCACAAGCCCCAUGCAUGGCCAGGGUCCCGGCCACCCUGCACCCAUAGGGCGUGGCUCCGGGGCAAGUAGCCAGAACAGGACAUACCCCCUAAUGGCACCUAACUCCCCCAGCAUGCCCCAGUCAGCCGGGCCAGGGAUGGGCCCUCCUUCGCUGGGUACCUCCAACCGCAAGGCUCAGGAGGCAGCUGCAGCCGCCAUGCAGGCCGCCGCUAACUCCACCCACAGCAGAAGGCCUCCAUUUGCGAGGUCCCCAGCCCAGCAGCACCACACCCCUCCAGGCCCCAGUCCCUGGCCCCCACCCCACCUAUCCUCCACCCAUCCACCACCUCCAUCCCGGACUCAACAUCCACCCAUCCAUCCAUCCUUGCAUUCACCGCAUCGUAGGCAGGGCAGCUACUCAGGCCCUGGCGUCACCCAGGCGGGCACCAUGGCCACCGGUGUCCCAUAUAACCAGCAAGCGGGGAACAAUACGUCCGUGGGCCCCCCGCAGGUCCGGCCUACAACAUGGCGCCAUCAGCAUCUCUCUUCCACCGUCGCAGAUGGCAAGGCCCCGCCAGGAGCCCCGGGUGUGUCGGGGGAUGGAGUGAUCGGCCCGGAUGGAAAACAAAAAACAGACGGCAAGGAGGAAAGCGGCAUCAUCAACGAGCCUCACAAAUCCAAGCUCCAAGAUGGCUACAACAGUAGCAGUGGUUCCCAGCAGUGUGUGUCCCAGCCCGCCACACCUGGAGGUGCCCUCCCAGUGCCCUCGCCUCUCUCCCCAAGCCCCGCCAGUCUGUCUUCUUACCACGGAGACGACAGCGACAGCAUCAGCAGCCCUCCCUGGCCCCCCAAAGCACCCUCCAGCCCUAAAGCCAAUCCUGGCUCCUCCUCCCUGGGCGGAGAGCGAAUUACACGGCUGUUUGAACUGGGCAUUGAGCCAGAAAGGCGGGGCUGGGUGGAGCGCUAUUUGUCCUUUAUGGAGGAGAGGGGGACACCUGUAUCCCAGCUCCCCGUGGUGGGCAAGAAGCCCCUGGACCUCUGGAAGCUCUACAUGGCUGUUAGAGAGAUAGGAGGUCUGGCCAUGGUAAACAAGAACAAGAAGUGGCGCGAGCUGUCCACCAGCCUGAAUGUGGGCACGUCCAGCAGCUCCGCCAGCUCCCUGAAGAAGCAGUACAUCCAGUACCUGUUCGCCUACGAGUGUAAGAUGGAGAGAGGAGAGGAGCCGCCGGCAGAGAGCAGCAGCAGCAGUGGCAGCAGCUCGGCUGGUGCAGACAGCAGGAAGCAGGUCAAGAUCCAGCCGCCCUCCCCUGCUAAUUCAGGGGGCUCUCUCCAAGGCCCCCAGACCCCGCAGUCAUCAGGCAGCAGCUCCACGGCAGAGGCAACAGGGGAUCUGAAGCCCCCAACACCAGCCACCACCCCACUGGGGCAGGUCACACCACUGCUCCCCAACAGGUCCAGUGUGAGUGUGCAGGACCCGUUCUCGGAGGUGAGCGACCCGGCCUUCCAGAAACGUGGAACCUCUCUGGCGCCUUACCAGCAGAGCCUCAACAUGCCCGACAUGAUGAUGAGGAUGCAGUACGAAACCAAGGACCCCUUCGCCGGGAUGAGGAAGAUGGCAGGGGUAGACCCUUACAUGCCAGGCCAGAUGCCCAGUGGUGCCAUACAAGAUAUGUAUGGUAGACCUCCAUCAUCCAUGGGCAUGGGCCAGCGCUCCCAGUACCCCUAUGGACCAGGCUUUGACAGGAGACCAGACCAUGUGACAGGGGUGGAGGGGAGUAUGGGUCCCCCCAGCACUCAGAACAACAUGGGACCUUCCAACAGUGAGGCCAGCAUGUAUUCUCCCAACAGAUACCCUUCCCAGCAGAGACAUGAUGGCUAUGGCCAGCAGUACCCUGGCAUGGCAUAUGGAAUGCACCCAUCCGGCAUGUACCCACAGCAACAGGGCUACAAGCGCCCGAUGGAGGGUAUGUAUGGACCCCCAAGCAAGAGACACGAGGGUGACAUGUAUGCCAUGCAGUAUGCCAACCAGCAGUCUGAAAUGUACAACCACUAUGCUGGUGGGUACUCUGGCCCUGAACGCAGGCCCAUCCAGGGACAGUUCCCCUACCCCUAUGCCCGAGACCGUAUGGCCCCGUCAGGACAGAGCCAACACAGUAUGAUGAGCAGUGGGCCUACUCCCAAUCACGCUGCCGAUGGCCCUAACAUGUGGCCAUCGAGAACAGACUUGGGCUAUCCCUACUCUGGCAGACAAGGGGCUCCAUCACAGAUGCCACCCUAUGGCUCUAUGGGUAGAGAUGAUAUGGAUGGUAGGCCUGGGCAGGAGCAGUGGCACCGUCAGUCUCCCUACAUGUCACCGUCAGGCGCUUUGCUACCGCUGUCUUCACGCCAGCCCCCCUCAUCAUAUCCUAACUCCUCGUCCAUGGCCAACCACCUGCCCAGGGCGCCAAGCCCAGGGGCCUUCCAACGCUCCAUGGAAUCUCGAUUGUCACCCAGCAAAGCACCAUUCAUGUCUCCCAUGAAGAUGCCCAAACCAGGGAUGGCCAUGCCGGGUUCACAGGCCACUGGGCCCCUGGGUCAAUUUCCUCCGAACCUGAGGAGGGAGCUCAACUACCCAUUGGGAUCAGUGGAGGCCACCAUGCCAAUUCUAAAGCCCCGACGCAAGCUCACCUCCAAGGACACUGGAACUCCCGAGGCCUGGCGUGUAAUGAUGUCAUUAAAGUCCGGCCUGUUGGCAGAGAGCACAUGGGCUCUAGACACCAUCAACAUCCUGCUGUAUGAUGACAGUACUGUGGCCUCCUUCAAUCUUUCUCAGCUGCCUGGUUUCCUGGAGCUGAUUGUCGAGUACUUCCGCCGAUGCCUCAUUGAGAUCUUUGGCAUCCUGGAAGAGUUCGAGGUGGGAACCACGGCUCAGAAAACCCUUCUGGAACCUGCCCCUGGCCAGACGCAGGAGCCAGUCCCAGAGCCCCAAACAGAAUGUGAUGUCCAGCCAGAAGCUGACUUAGCUCUGGAGGUGGAGGAGCUGAGGGAAGAGUCAGCGGGUCCGGUUGGAGAGGACGCUCCAACAGUCAAAGCAGAGCCGGCAUCGGAGGAAAGGAACGGAGAGGAGGAAGAUUCUGAGGUGAGCGUUAAGAAUGAGGAAGGGAACAAAAGUGACACUGAGUCGGAGAAAGAGAAAGCUGAAGCUGAGGUUUGCGAAAAGGAGGCAGGAAAUAAGGAGGAGUCUCUUGAGCAACCUGUGGCCAACCUGGAACCCAGACCUAAACAGGCCAGCAAACACGACAAGCACCCCAUCAAGAUUUUACACACGGAGAAUCUGAAUGAGGACAUGAGUGAGCAACUGGGUCAUGUCACCGAGUUCACUAGCGGACUGCUCCAUUGGCAGGCCGGCGGGGGGGACUCCACAGCCCACAUUCAAAUGUACUUUGAUCCCCGGAGCCAACCAACCACCAGAACGGAGGGAAAGACAGGAGAGCCUGCUAAACAAGGGAGCAAUACAGACAACGGAGAGCAACAAAACAGAAAGCGCAUCACUGCCACUAUCGAUGAUGUUCUGUGUGCCCGGGUUGACACCCUGCCCUAUGCCCACCCUGCUCGCUCCCUGCCCUCGUACCCCUUCAGGGUGCACCCAGAUGGUGAGCAGGACCACAUCACCUUGCUGGAGGAUGAGCCACGCUGCCUGGAUGAAGCACCCCUCACCACAACCUCUCCCUGGCAGGACUCACUGGCCAAGCGCUGCCUGUGCAUCUCCAACAUCGUCCGGAGCCUCUCCUUCAUCCCUGGGAAUGAUUCGGACAUGUCCCGCCACCCUGCACUCGUUCUCCUUCUGGGCAGACUCCUCCUGCUCCACCACCAGCACCCUGAGAGGAACAGAUUGCCCCCUAGCUCCCAGAGAGAGGAACAUCAGGGGCAGGGCCUCUCCUGUAGUAAAGAGGAGUGGUGGUGGGAGUGUCUGAGUUUGCUCAGGGAGAAUGCCAUGGUGACCCUCGCCAACAUCUCUGGCCAGCUGGAUCUCUCUGUGUAUCCCGACACCAUCUGCCUCCCCAUCCUGGAUGGCCUCCUCCACUGGAUGGUGUGCCCCUCGACUGAGGCCAUGGACCCCUUCCCCUCGUCAGCCCCCCACUCCACCCUCACCCCUCAGAGGCUGGUGCUGGAGUGCUUGUGCAAGCUGAGCAUCCAGGAAGGGAACAUCGACCUCCUGUUGGCCACACCCCCCUUCAGCCGCCAGGAGAAGCUCUUCGCCAUCUUGGUCCGCUAUGUUGGCCAGAAGAAGAACCAGGUGUACAGGGAAAUGGCGGUGGCUGUCCUGGCCCACCUGGCACAAGGAGACCCGACAGCAGCGCGCGCCAUCGCCAUGCAGAAGGGCAGCGUAGCUAAUUUGGUCGGUUUCUUGGAGGACGGGGUUAGCAUGGUACAGUACCAGCAGAACCCUCACAGUUUGCUGCACAUGGGGCACCCCCCUAUGGACCCACCCAGCGUCAAUAUGAUGUGCAGGGCAGCUAAAGGCUUGUUGGCCAUGGCUAAAGUGGAGGAGAACAAGGCAGAGUUUGUGCUGUAUGAAAGCAGACUACUGGACAUCUCUAUUUCCUCCGUGCUCAAUUCUGGGGUGGUGGCCAUUAUUUGCCAAGUACUCUUUCAUUUUGGAAAAUUAUGACAGGAGGAGAGGCAGGACUUGCAUGUUGGACACUGAGACAGACAAGUUAUUCCUGUGGUUUUCUAUUUUUAUUUAAACUAAAUGAGAUAAUUUUUUGUUUUUGUUUUGUUUUUUUUGUUUUGUUUUUUUUUUUUUUUAAUAAAGUAUCCACAUAUACAGAUUAUCUAUGUAUUACUUCUGCACCCUGGUGAAAAUUUGGUUUUGGGAUUGGAAAGCUAAUUUUAAUACAAAUAUUUAAUACCUGCCGUUGUCGGAUUGCUUUUGUUUUGCCUUUUGCUUUUGUUUGUUUACGUUUUUCAGCCAAAGCUGCCACCAGAUUUUGGUGCUGAUUCAUGUGGUUUCUUUGAGUCUUAUGAGAUGUUUGGGGGUUUUAUAAAUGCUAAUAUACUCAUCACUGUUUUGUUAUGGAGAGUAUUUAUUUAAAUUGUGACAUUGUACAGUAGUAUCUUUUUUGCCAUCAGUUCCGGGGGAAUAAUGAGAACACUGACUUUUUAAACUGAUAUGUAUAUGUUUCCGUCGCUGGAAGAUAAAUUGUGCAAUAGGACUAGUGCAAGUUGUCCCUUUGGAGAACAGCUGGAAGAUGUGAACCUGUGAAGACACAUGCAGUGUGUGCUUUUGGCCACGGGGCGGCAGCAUUGCACCAGCCAAUCAGCAUAUUUGGAGCAGCGCAUCAGUCGAAGAAGUGUCUAAUUUAUCAAUCAUGGUCUCAACGACUUUCACAAAUGAACUUUGUGUUUCCUAAGCACUUGUGUUACAUGUCUGUAUUUUUCAUCUCUUUGUAUAUAGACCGUUGUACAUUGGACACAUGAUCAUUUCAGUCUCACAAUCAAGAAAAGCAAGAGAGGGGACUUUCAGACUAUUAUAACAAAUGAUUUUAUUAUUGGUAAAAUUUGUUAUUGUUAUAAUACAUAUUUUGUUAUUGGGGUCUUUAAACAUGGCGGAUAUAACGGAUGUUUCAAUGUAAAAAAAAAAUCCUGUAUGCAUUGUAUAAUAAGCUGAAAACACAAUCGCUUUGGUAAUCAAAUGUGGAAGUGCCAGGGUGAGGAUGAAGUGGUAGAGGUUACACAAGGAACCUCAAAAACAAUUUACGUUGGUUCGUGUCCUCCAUUUAUGUCGAUGGGCGUAUUUUUAAACUGAAGACGUAAAGAAAACUCCGAAAAGAACCUUCAACAUGUCCCUUAAAGCUCAUUGUAAAAUUUGCCUUUUUUUUCGUAUGACUCAAUGUCUCUCUUUUAUUCAGUAUACAUAUUUAUACUCUGUGCUGCACAUGUCACAAAUAAAUGUACAAUGAACAUCGUUAAACACCGAGGACGUCGCAUUGUGUCCAGACAAUCUUAGACCAAUAAAACGAAC